ACCAUGGCGAUGUCUGUUUUGUGUUGCAGCUCUCCUACGUGGCCUUCAGCGUCACGGACGGACCUGUGUUUGGAGUCUUCAUACUUGGAAUGUUCUUCCCUAGAGCCAAUAAAUGGGGAGCUCUCUGUGGCUACGUGGCGAGCAUCACCAUCCUCAUGUGGAUUGCACUUGGAGCCCUCAUCCACAACAUCACCACGCCCGUGUCUCAGUUCUCUGUUCAGGGCUGCAACUGGAACGCUACCAACUCCACCAUGCCCACAGCCCCUACCGCCAACAACACCAUGUACGCCGAAGGGGACCACGGCCUCGGUAUCUACCACCUCUCCUUCGUCAACUACACAGCCACAGGGGCCUUCAUUUGCGUUUUCGUAGGCACAAUUGUCAGCCUCAUUACGGGUUAUGGGAAGCUCGUUACAACAGACCCUAAACUGGUUUUCCCGGCCAUCCGCUCGCUCUGUCCAUGUCUUCCAAAGACAGUGAAGGAGAAGUUGGACUAUGCGCCUGUAGUUGAGCGACCACCUGAGCUGGACGUGACAGAGAUGAGCGAGGACGUGUGAGGCGAGACUGACGUCAGCAGAGACCCCGAUGAUACUUCCAUCGGCCUACAGACGCCGCUCCAACUGAGGUCCAACAUGUUCUCGAGGCCCGGCUGGAUUGGCAAGAUAGACGCUACUUUUGUACAUACUAUGUCGCCAACAUGAUGCAGGAAGCGACUGACAGGUGGUCAGACUGUACACACCCAUGUUACUCCGAGGGUGCCCCGUCAUGUAUUACACUUCUAACAGUAGAACGAACAUUCACAAAUAAACAAUUGUAUUAUCCA